CACAAUGGAACGGCUUCCCUAGCAACGCCUAGCAACCGGCGCCGGGCGACCACGCGAAGGCAGGACGGAGUGCACUCACUCGGCAGAUUUGUUCUCCUAAUUUCACGGGGAAAACAGCCAAGAUGCCGCAAGAUCAGCCACCCAAGAAGAGCAUACUUAUGACUCCAGAUCCCUACCAUACGCCAGGGUAUCUGGGGUACUGUCCACAGUUUAAGUACCAGAUCGGCUCGACGUUCGGUAACACGACCCACCGGCUCCUGACUAACCCGAACGUCGCUGCCUCCGCAAGCUCCGUGCUGACCGACACCUUCCCACGGCUCAGCCAUGGCAUCGACAAGGGGGCGUUUAUCCGUACGCGCACGGCGAGCUGGGGCGACCAGAAGCUGACGGAGAAGAUGGUACCGGGAUACACCGGUUACAUCCCUAAGAUGCAGAACCACUACUUCGGCAGCCGGUACGCCGACACCUGCAGCUCCGCCAUCGCGGACUUCGAGAGCGACCAGCGCGGCCACACCGCCAAGAGAGACGACAUGCGGACCCUAACGGCACUGCAGACCGGCAAGCUCAAACCCACAGACGCGCAGAAAAAUCUGAUCACAGCCUCGUACCAGACUCCUCUGAAGCCCAUCGCGCGGCAGGCCAAGCCGUACUACUCACCCGGCUCCCUCAAGCACAUGAAGUCGCCAUACCGCAUGAGCAACGAAGAGGCUAAGAAAAACUUCAUGUCAGGCUACACCGGUUUCGUGCCCAAGGCGCGGGGGCUGAUGGGAAUGGGCUACCCUGUCCUGACGAACGCCGCUCUGUGCGAGUUCACCAAUGAGAUGGGCAAGAACAGAACCCUGAAGACUCAACCAAUCACCAUCAAGCGCGAGGCCAAGGGCAAGGUGGAGACCCAGGCCAUCUAUCCCGAGGGAUCCGGACUGGUUCCGCAUUACACAGGCCACAUCCCAGCGCAAAAGUUCAAGUUCGGCGACACGUUCGGACACAGCACGUACAACGCGCUGAAGAUCGGAACCGGCAUGACCCCUCAACAGGAGGCCAUCAUCUCUGUACAGUAACCCCCCCCCCCUCCUGUGCCAAACCCCCCUCCACAGUCCCCUCCCCGUAAAAAUGCUCGUGCUCUUUCCCCACAAAUUUUAGCGUCCAUGAAAAGUGGCCGUAAAGUGUUGCCGAUUUGACCGAUCCGAUUGUGUACUAUUUUGUGAUUACCCGGGCGUUUGUCAUUAAAUAUGUUACCGGUUUGAACAAUUAUUUUUGAACAGUUAUUUUCUGAUUACCGUUUAGGUGGUCAUUUACAGCAAAAACAAGGUAUAUAUGCUACAAAUCCUUUCCGUGGCUGGGAAAUCUUUAUGAUUCAGUGAAUUAUCUUACAGUGAAUCGUCGAUCCUGUAUUCACCAUUUGCUCAUGUGAUGGUGACAAAGAACUAGAAAAGAGCCUAGCAUUUAAGACACAUGGUUUUGAGCCACAAACCUGAACUAUAGCAAAGUUCCAGACUGCAGUAUAUAAAUAUGUAUAACUAUAUAACGUUUUUAUGGAGAUAUCAGAGUUGGCUGUAUUGAAUUGAGUGUACCAUAACAUUUGUGAUUGUGAGAUGUUCUGCGUUCUAGACUUACGGCAUUAGUUUUUUCGACAUUUGUAACAGAAAUAAUAACCUCCAGGAGCUACAUAUAUCUACUAUAUACUACAUACAUGCUUGUUUUUUUAUAACACGCAAAAAUGAGUAUAUGAAAAGUGCAUUGUCAACGAAAAAAGAUUCCACACAUUUUGGCUCUAAAGCAGAUACAAAGAUGGACAUAAUAUAUUUUA